CUAACGCCCAUCCCAAUAUUACCCCUCUCUCUCAGCUUAACGUUGUUUCCCAAAUUCCCAAUCAUCUUCCUCCUCCGCCUUCUUCUUCAUCUUCUCCGUUCUGUUAUUUGGCAAAGCAAUGAAUUUUGCAACUCGGAAACUCAUCUUCGCUCUCCUGAUUGUCUCUCUCUACCCUCUCUCUCUCUUCGCUCGGCCAUAUGUCCUCGUCCUCUCUCAAGACGACCUCUUAAACACCCCCACUUCGCCCGACGACUCACCGCCCGCCGACUCGACUCAAAAUGACUCGCCCGAGUGGGAUGAGUUCGGCGACUCCGGCUCCCCACAGUCCGAGGAGGAGCUCGACCCGGGUUCCUGGCGCCCCAUCUUCGAGCCCGACCCCUUUAGGCCCGACCCGGCCAACAACCCGGACGAACGCUACUACUCCACCGUAUCCAAAUUAAUCAAGUCCGUCAGCUCCGGCGACACGACGCUCAUGGACGACGCCGUUUCGGAGAUCGAGGAAUCAGCUUCCCGCGGUCUCCCUCACGCGCGGUCCGUGCUGGGGUUUCUGUACGCUACGGGCCAGAUGAGGAAGCAGAACAAAGCCAAGGCCUUCACGUACCACUACUUCGCUUCCGAGGGUGGUAACAUGCAGUCGAAGAUGGCUCUCGCUUAUACUUACUUUAGGCAAGAUAUGUUUGAUAAAGCAGUGAAGCUUUACUCGGAAUUAGCCGAGGCAGCAGUGAAUAGCUUCCUAAUUUCGAAGGACUCGCCGGUGAUCGAGCCAGUGAGGAUCCACAAUGGAGCUGAGGAGAACAAGGAGGCGUUGAGGAAGAGCAGAGGCGAAGAAGAUGAGGACUUUCAGAUUUUGGAGUACCAAGCUCAGAAGGGAAACUCUGCGGCAAUGUAUAAGAUUGGUCUCUUUUACUAUUUUGGUCUGAGAGGGUUGAGGCGCGACCAUGCCAAGGCGUUGUCGUGGUUUUUGAAGGCGUUGGAGAAGGGAGAGCCUCGGGCGAUGGAGCUGCUUGGGGAGAUUUAUGCUAGAGGAGCUGGGGUUGAGAGGAAUUACACCAAGGCUCUGGAGUGGCUUACACUCGCAGCCAAACAGGAGCUUUAUUCAGCCUAUAACGGGAUAGGCUAUUUGUAUGUUAAAGGAUAUGGGGUGGAGAAGAAGAACUACACCAAAGCAAAAGAGUAUUUUGAGAAGGCUGCUGAGAAUGAAGACGCAGGGGGGCACUAUAACCUAGGAGUAAUGUAUCUCAAAGGGAUUGGGGUAAAGAGAGAUGUGAAAAUUGCAUGUAAAUACUUUAUAGUGGCUGCUAAUGCUGGUCAACCCAAGGCAUUCUACCAGCUGGGAAAGAUGUUUCAUACUGGAGUUGGGCUUAAGAAAAAUCUUCCCAGGGCCACUGUAUUGUACAAACUAGUUGCAGAAAGGGGACCAUGGAACUCCUUGUCCAGAUGGGCACUAGAAUCAUACUUAAAAGGGGACAUGGGCAAGGCAUUCUUCUUGUAUUCAAGGAUGGCUGAGUUAGGCUAUGAGGUAGCGCAAAGUAACGCUGCAUGGAUUCUUGACAAAUAUGGAGAACGUAGCAUGUGCAUAGGAGAAUCCGGUUUCUGCACGGAUGCAGAAAGGCAUCAGCGUGCUCAUUCAUUGUGGUGGCAAGCAUCUGAGCAGGGUAAUGAACAUGCUGCUUUGCUGAUUGGGGAUGCAUAUUACUAUGGUCAGGGUACUGAGAGAGAUUAUGAACGUGCGGCAGAGGCUUACAAGCAUGCCAGGACCCAGUCUAAUGCACAAGCCAUGUUCAACCUUGGUUACAUGCAUGAGCAUGGACAAGGGCUGCCUUUGGAUCUUCAUCUCGCGAAGCGUUACUAUGAUCAAGCUCUAGAGAUUGAUCCAGCAGCAAAGUUGCCUGUCACAUUAGCCCUUACAAGCUUAUGGAUACGAAAAAAUUAUGCCGAUGGUUUCCUGGUCCAUGUGAUCGAUUCAUUGCCUGAAGUUUAUCCCAAGGUGGAAGAAUGGGUAGAUAAUGUGCUUCUAGAGGAAGGAAAUGCGACAAUAUUGACUCUUUUUGUUUGUCUCCUCACUGUCCUAUAUCUUCGUGAGCGACAACGCAGGCAUGCUGUUGCUGCUCCCGGUGGGAUGGCUGUGCCACACCACCCGAAUGAGCAUGUUGCACCAGCACCCUUAUAGUUUUGUUGGCAAUGGUGGUCUUCAGGAACUACAAGGCUCUUUUUGCUGUUCCGUCGGUUACGAACAAAUAUUUUCCUCUAGAAUGCAUAUGUACAGGUAUCUGAUGCUCCUCAAAUUAUUUGGAAAAAAAGCUUUUGUUGUUUGGCACAAAUUGUACCAUAGACAUAGAGAGACUCGCGCAAGUAGAAAAUAACAAUGUUUUUGCCUCACAUAUAAAAAACCAUGUAUCGCUUCUAAAUUUCAGUUAGAGGUAUGACUCUCGGCGUUGUUCUGCAGCAGGCUAGAAUUCAGUAGAUUCAUUUUGCGUUA